UGAAGAAAGACUACCAGAGGAUGGUGGGGUGAGGUCUACAGGUUGAUGAAAACCUGGCCAGAAGAUCGUGGGGUCUACGUUUUGACAAAAGCCUGGCCAGAGACUGGUAAGGUCUACAGUUUGAAAAAAGCCUAACAGAGGAUAGUGGAGUCUACAGGUUGGUGAAAGCCUGGCCAGAGGAUGGAGGGGUCUACAGAUUGACAAAAGCCUGAUUGAAGGAUGAUGGGGUCUGCAGAUAGACAAAAGCCUGGCCAAAGAAUGGUUGAGUCUACAGAUUGACAAGAGCAUGGCCAGAGAAUAGAGGGGUUCUAUAGGUUGACAAAAGCCUAGCCAGAGGAUGAAAGGGGUCUAGAGAUUGACAAAACCCUGGCUAGAAGAUGGAGGUGGUCUACAGAUUGACAAAAGCCUGGCCAAAGAAUAGAGGGGGUCAACAGAUUGACAAAAACCUUGCCAGAUGAUGAAGAGGUCUACAGAUUGACAAAACCCUGGCCAGGGGAUGGAGGGGGGUCUACAGAUUAUCAAACCCCUGGCCAGAGGAUCGUCAAUUCUACAGAUUGACAAAAGCCUGGCCAGAAAUUUGUAGGGUCUGCAGAUUGACAAAAGGCUAGCCGGAGGAUGGUGGGGUUUAUAGAUUGUUGCCUGGUCUGACUCUCUGUAAUUGGUUGAUCAGGCAUAGGAUCUCUCUGUGAUAGAUGAUUUAGUGGCGAUAUCCAAGCCUUGAUGCGUAUUAGAAAUAAGGGUCUGUGUUAUUCUCUUCACAAGAGAAAAAAAAAUGUGAAUUGCCAGCAGAAUUCCAGAAUUGUGCGGAUUUUUCUUGUUGGCGUUGCUGAAAGGAGGUUGGUUUUGAUCCUUCGGAAUCAGGAAGUGGUUUCGUUAGAGGACAAGUGUAUCGAUGCUAGGUAUUUGCAUUAUUAAUGAGGAAUGCAUUGCAUUGUGGGAUGUGGCUUUUCCAGAGCAGAUGGGUAAAGAGUAAAGACGGAUCCCUGACUCUGCAUCGUACACCCAUGCUGCUAAAUAUCUGCCCCCGGGGUGUGUGAUUCAGCGGUGCAUGCGUGCUUCCUACAGGCAAAGGGGUUCAUCUCGCAGGCACGUUUAGUAACCCUUUCAUCCCGGCAGGACGGAGGAUUUCUGAGCAGAGAGAGGGCCUGGUCCUUCCAGACAAUGUAAGCUAGACUGCAGGAUGAUCGCUGUGUUUCUGAGUCUCCUGCUGGUGCAAUGACCGCAAUCUGAAAAGCUUUUCCUACAGACUUUGCCUCCACUCCGGUUCCCGUCUUCUCUUCUGCGUCCACAUCUGCCAGGAAGCUCGGCCUGUGAUCAGAGAGACUUUGGUCUUCCACAAUGAAUCCUGUUUACAGCCCUGUACAGCCAGGGACUCCCUACGGAAAUCCAAAAAACAUGACCUACGCAGGACCAACCAGCAACUUUCCUUAUUUUCUGCUGUUACCCACUAACAGUUUUUGGACAGAACAUGGGAAACGCACACCUGCUAAUGACCCGGCAAGAGAUCUAAUCCAAUUUGCAGGAGCCAACAACAACCUUUUUUUACACGCACGUUACCCCGCUGGAUAUCCCACGCCAGCGCAAGCCUUUAAUCCCAACAUGUACGCUGCCAGUAGCCCCGGCUAUGCCCCAGCAACACUUCUGAUGAAGCAAGCAUGGCCACAGACCUCAUCAUCCUGUGCCAACGAGGGCACCUACCACCUGCCCGUGGACAGUGGCACUGAGAACAGGACUUACCAGGCUUCUUCUGCAGCUUUCAGGUACACAGCCGGCACCCCUUACAAAGUCCCUCCAGCGCAGAGUAAUAGCGCUCCUCCGCCGUAUUCCCCAUCCCCCAACCCAUACCAGACAGCGAUGUACCCCAUCCGAAGUGCCUACCCCCAGCAGAACCUGUAUGCCCAGGGCGCUUACUACACACAACCUGUCUAUGCCGCACAGCCCCACGUCAUCCACCACACCACUGUGGUCCAACCAAACAGCAUUCCCUCUGCGAUAUACCCGGCCCCUGUAGCGGCACAACGGACUAAUGGCGUUGCAAUGGGAAUGGUUGCCGGGACCACCAUGGCCAUGUCAGCAGGCACGUUACUGACCACGCCUCAGCACACUGCCCUAGGAGCACAUCAAGUCUCUGUGCCAACAUACAGAGCUCAAGGAACCCCAACGUACAGCUAUGUACCCCCCCACUGGUAAUCCGCUGGCCUGUCUAUGUCUGGAGUAAAACAUUGUAUGCAAACGCUCAAGUCUUACAUGGGUGCUGGAACAACUGACGAGCGGCACCAAGUCUGUCUGCAAGAUCAAAAACAACGGAACACACACACACAAAAAAAUACAAAAAAACGAAAAAAAAAAAAAA